AUGGAGCUGAAGAGAGAGAUCAAACUAGCACUUGUGGGCGAUGCACGUGUUGGAAAGACAAGCUGGGUAUCUCGACAUAUUGAUGGCGAGGAAUCGCCUCAUUAUAUCCCCACAAUCGGCUACAAGUGUCGCCAGUGCUUGUUUCCAACUAAUCUUGGUGAAUUCAUGUUUGAUAUCUGGGAUAUCUCUGGAUCCCAUAGCACUGCUCAGGAUAGGGCCAAAUGGAUCCAUGAUAUCGAUGCCGCUAUUAUUAUGGUUGAUAUGGCUAACCUGGCAAGUAUCGAAAAUGCAGUCAAUUGGUAUAUUGCCGCCUUUAGCCUGGAAUUAGAAAAACAGAGGGCCGAGAUGGAUGAGGCAACAAAGGGAUUCCAGCUGCCUGAUGAUGACGACGCGGAACUGUGA